AUGCCGGAUGAGCCGCGCCGCGUCAUUUUGGAGAAAUCCAAGACAGUGCGACGCCGGUACCAGCGCAGCAACCAACGCUUCAAAUUUACCGCCUCCCAGGUUGAACGAAUAGAUCGCGAGGAGGAACGGGAGAAGAAAGCGAAGCAGCUGCGUGAAAGGGAAAAGAAACGCAUCGCCAAUAAGAAACGAAAAGCCGAGCAAGAGGCGCGCGCCCGCGAGGAGCGGAAGCGUCGCGGUAUCCCCGAUCCAAAUGCCCGUGUUCCGUCCAGCCAGCCGCUACUUUCGAUGUUCCUUGGAGCUAAGCAACCGUCGCCUGCACCACCCAAACCUGAAACUACAACUACGGAGACGGAGACGGAAUUGGGUAGCGACGGAGGGGAUACGGAGCCUGACAGCGCCGCUGGAGAUACGGAAGAUGAUUCAGAUGCAUUUGAUGACCUGGAUGAGGAGUUGGAAAAUGACUUGUCUGAACUUCAAGGUCCUGAUAACUCCGAGGUCCAGGAUGCAGGCAUCUCGGAGGACACUGAAGGUCAUGAAACCGGAGAGGAUAUCAAUCCCGUCAAGGACGACGAUGAAUUCUCCGACUGCUCGGCAUUUGAUGACGAAGAUGUUCUGAAAGAAGUUGAAGUCAUUGCUGCAACACCACCUGUUAACGACGAGACGAAAACCCCAUCCAUAUCAAAACAACAUUCCUUUUUACAAGCUCCGCCGGUGCCCACACUAGAUUCCUCUUUUGGUGAUUCUUUUCAAUUCGAUGCCUCGGAUUUUCUCGAAGCCGAAGCAGCUGUCAUUACACAAACGAAUAAUGACGGAACGAAUGAUCAUUCUCCGCCCAAGCAAUCCGCAUCCCUACAGCCUCCAGAAGAGCCGCGCAAAAUGCCCUCAUUGGUGGCUUCGGAAUCCUUCCGGGAUGAUGAUGCCGAUUUCCUUGACACACACGGACACCUUCUUGGAGAGUACAAUUAG